CUCCAUCCCAGGUGGAGAUAACGAAGAGUCCUCCUGCCGUUCCACCAAGACCUUCUCCUGCAGAACUGUUGGGGCCUCCCUCCCCUGACCCCACAGCCCGGCACUCCCCCUUUCGCUGCCACAGCUCAGAGUCACUGGACUACCUGCCAGGCCUAAUGCCCAAGGCUCUGUCACCCAGCCCGUAUGUUGCUAGUGGAGCGGGUGCAGCCAGCAGGCCGAGCCUCCCAUUGGUCAGCGGUAUGAUCGGCGGGGGCUGCGCGUCGCCCUCGGCUUCCCCCUUGACGGUGUCAGCUCUCAGCCACUACUCGUCGUCCACGGCGGGCCUGCUGGACGAGCUGCAGAUCUGUAGCCUGGACUCCCCCGGUGCCUCCCCCACGCCAUCGCCCACGCUCAGCCUUGUCUCCACCUACACAUCCACUGUUGGCCCUGAUGAUGUGCUAACAGCCUUUGUGGCCUCCACUGCUGCAACAGACGCUGUUACUAAUGGCCAGGUCCUCUCUUAUGCUAUGAAUGGAAGUGCUCCUCGGAGGCCCGUGUCUCCUCCCUCUUAUCCCCCUCCCCCCACCUCCUUCCACACUGGGCUCCAGAGACAGAGCAGGAGUUCAGAGGGCAGCGAGUCAUUUCACAGGGAGUCUGUGGUGCUGGGCCACACCAGUGUCAGCAGCAUGGUGCCCAUCGCCCGCUUCACAGAAGAGGAGAAAAAGGUGUCCGUUAUUAAAGCCCCUCAUUAUGAAGGCAUCGGCCCUGUGGACGACUCUGGCAUCCCUAUCGCCAUCCGCACGACGGUGGAUAGGCCGAAGGAUUGGUACAAAACUAUGUUCAAACAGAUCCACAAGGUUCACAAAGCAGAUGAUGACUAUUCUGACACGUACAAUGCAACAUACGCUGUCAUAAACAAUGAUGACUACAGCCUGUCGUCCGGCACCACCAUGGCCCACCCCGCUCCCCGAACACACACGUACAGGCCACUCGCCAAAAGCCCCUCGGACAAUGGAGGGCAUCUGGGCCCUCGGGAGCCCUCGCCAUCCCCUGUACCCCCCCCACCUCCAUCCAUGCCAUCCCUCCUCCAACUGAGGGCCAGAGACAGUGACCGUGAGAGAGACUCGCCCGACACGAAUCAGUGGGGUCCUCCCGACAGGAAAGUGGAUACUCGAAAGUAUCGUGCAGAGCCUAAGAGUAUUUUUGAAUACGAGCCUGGGAAGUCCUCCAUUAUGGAUCAUGAAAGACCAAACUAUGAUGACAUAGAUUUAGAGAACGAGCCUUGGUAUAAGUUCUUUUCCGAGCUGGAGUUUGGGCGGCCGCCUCCUAAAAAAAGGCUGGAUUAUAAUCCAGACAUCUCCGCUCGCCAACGCAUUGAGACAUCCCUGCAUAUUCCUCCUGCUGACAAGGCUCCAGAGAGACCUGCGAGUGCUGCCAGCGACUACAGGAAGAGAAGGAAGUCUGAGCCGUCCAGUUCCCAAGUGAAUGCCCAGUCUCACAACAGAGCUGUGACUUCCCCUAAACCAGUGGACGCCUACAGACCGAGCAGCAGCCUAAAGAAGCCUGUGGUUCGUUCCUCACCAGCCUCACCCGCCAGAGCCAAAGACCAGGAUGUAUCCCGGUGUUAUUCUACCAUGGAUGGACGCCACACACCCCAGAGUAGAAGACCUACUCCUGAUAGAGAGAAACAGCCUGCAAGAGCCAUUUAUGAUUUUAAGGCACAAACAGCUAAGGAGCUGACAUUUAAGAAGGGCGAUGCAGUGAACAUCAUCCGACAGAUUGACAACAACUGGUAUGAAGGAGAGCACCGCGGUCGGGUUGGGAUAUUACCCAUAUCAUAUGUAGAAAAGAUGCCAUCCUCAGAGAAGCAGCAGCCGAUCCGUCCUCCUCCACCAGCACACGUCAGAGAGAUCGGAGAGGCAAUAGCUCGCUACAACUUUAAUGCUGAUACUAACGUGGAGAUGUCUCUCAGAAAGGGUGAGAGAGUAAUUGUGAUAAGGCAGGUGGACGGGAACUGGUACGAGGGGAGGAUCCCAGACACAACCAAACAGGGCAUCUUUCCUGUGUCGUAUGUUAACAUCAUCAAGCGCUCCCCGUCCAAGAGCUCCGCCCACCACAUAGACCCACAUGGUUACCCUGGCAACAGGACACCCAGCUCUACACCUACCAAGCCUUUCUACCAUCUACCUCCGCCCCCCACUCCUCGUGACCUCCCCUCCCCUCACCCCCCGUUGAGAAGGCCUGACCUGCAAACUAUCACCGAAGAGUGGCUGGCCCUCACACUGGAGCCUUCUGCCUCCUCUCCAUCUCGCUCCGUCACUACCACCCCCACACCGCCCACACCCCCACCUCUCCCCUCUGACCUGACACCUUUCCAUAAGGCUCAGGAUUUUAUGGCACCAUCACCUGCACAACCACAGAGAGGCUUCGCCCUGCCGCCCCCGAGGUCUUCCUUAAAUUCUCCUUUCAGAGACGGGAGACUUAGUUUAGGUCACAGCUCACCAACCCUGCCUUUCUCCCCACCGCCUCCUCCUCUUCCUCCGCCUCCUCCUCCUCCUCCCCUUCCUUAUUCCUCAUUUUCACCUCCACUGCCUGAGCCUUCAGUGCGAUACAACAGUGGCAAAGGAAUAGCUCGACGAUCACAAGUCUCUAAGCCAGAGGUGUUUUCCUGCACAGUGCCAGAACCAAUAAAGUCACCUACACCAACUGUGAAAGUUAACAAAAGCAGCAUAAUGGCUGAACUGCAAGUGAAAGACCCUUACGACGACCUUUUGUCUAUGAUUAUGGAUGAUUCUACCACUGCAGAAGUUCCCGACUUUUCAAGAUUGUCUCCGAUAGAUUUCCCACUAACCUCGCUAACCAAUGAAACCCAGGGCAGAUUUAAAUCUAAAGCAGAAGAAUCCGAUCAGCCAAAAGUAAAACCACGAGCACUAUCUCCAUCCAGCGACCUGAUAGGCAGCGAUAGGUUAGACGAGCAGCUUCACAAGCCUCUGACUAUGGAAUCACUUCCCAUGGCUUGGGGAGAGCAGUCAGAAACUCUGAUUGAACAACGAUGCGAGUCUGAAAGCCCACCAUCGAUGACAGGAAUGGGAUUUGAGUUGUUCAUUGAGGAAGAGGAUGAAGAUAUAGAGGAUAAAGAGGAGGACAUUAAAGGUUUUAAUGAGAGACUUGGCCCACAGGUAGAGCAUGGCUUCACAUCAAGGCAGAGUCUAGGAGUUGGAGAGGACGCUGAAGGAGAAUCCUGGAACCGAGAUUCAGACCAGGACGAGGAGCUCAGAGAGGGGAGAAGAGGAGCAGGACAGAGCAGGGAGGUGGCUGGACGUGGCUGGACGUGGCUGGACGUGGCAGGACGUGGCAGGACGUGGCUGGACGUGGCAGGACGUGGCAGGACGUGGCAGGACGUGGCAGGACGUGGCUGGACGUGGCUGGACGUGGCUGGACGUGGCUGGACGUGGCUGGACGAGGCUGGACGAGGCUGGACGAGGCUGGACGUGGCUGGACGAGGCUGGACGUGGCUGGACGAGGCUGGACGUGGCUGGACGUGGCUGGACGAGGCUGGACGUGGCUGGACGUGGCUGGACGAGGCUGGACGUGGCUGGACGUGGCAGGCGGAGCGGCAGGUGUGUGGAUCUGGAAACGGAAAGAAGCAGGGUUAG